AUGGGAUUCGAAGAUAAGCGCAUCGCCAUCGUUGGCGGCGGCCUCGGCGGCAUGUCUUUUCUUAACGCAGCCUUAUAUGCGGGGCUGAAGAAUGUCCAGCUUUACGAGCAGGCACCGCAGUUUGGUGAAGUCGGCGCUGGUGUUAACAUUACCUCCAAUGCCAAUCGUGUCUUGGACGCCUUCGGUCUGCAGGAGAGCAUGACACGCCGUUCGUCCCGCAAGCUGCCCUGCUACAUGGAGUAUCACAGCUAUAAGUCUGGUGAAUAUCUGGGCCACAUUGAAGAAUUCUCAAAGCCGCCUGCUCGUCUGCUGCACCGUGCAGACCUCUUGGACUCUCUCAAGGAGCGUGUACCCCAAUCGUCCCUCAACCUCGGCAAGCACUUGACCUCAAUCGACCGCAACUCUCCCGGUGCACCGUACAUUUUGCACUUUCAAGAUGGCAGUACCGCAGAGGCCGACAUCGUCAUUGGAUGCGACGGCAUCAAGUCCAAUGUGCGUCGGGAUAUGGGUCUAGGUGACUCGCCCAACUACUCGGGCCAGGUCGUGUACCGGGGCUUUGUCGACUACAAGGACCUCCCGGAGGAGACUGCCCAGCUACUGCGGAAGACUGUCAACUUCCGUGGCCCUAAGCGACAUGUCUUGAUUCUACCUAUCGGAAACAAGGAGACUAACAGUGAUCGAGCUGCCGUCAUUGGAUUCAUGACUGAGCCGCUUGAGGCCUGGGAUUCGGAGAGCUGGAUGUCUCGAUCAGAUAUCGAGAGCCUGCAAGAGCAUGUUCGCGACUGGUGCCCGCAGGUGCAGGAUAUUAUCAAGGGUUUGCGUAAGGCAUCACCUGACGGCAAGAUGCUCAAGCAAGCUCUUUACGUGCGCGAUCCAAUUGAUAAGUGGUAUGAGAUGGGCCACAAGGAUGCCGGUAUCAUCCUGCUGGGUGACUCUGCUCACUCCACUCUUCCGCACCAGGGCCAAGGAACUUGUAUGGCUAUCGAGUCGGGCAUUGCACUUGCGACUAUCCUGCGUCAUUGGAAGGGAGAGGAUCUGGAAGGAGCUUUCAAGUUCUAUCAAGAUUUGCGCAAGCCUAGGACCGAUCGUGUUACACAGACUAGCUACGAGGCUGGAAAGCUUGCUAGCUCGGACGCACCGGAUCAGAUGACUGACAAGUUCAGUCCGGUUGCUUUGGGAGAGCGUAUGAAGUGGAUUAUGGAGUAUAACGUGCUGGAGGACUUGAGAGCCAAGGGAGCUGAUGUCCUGGAUUUCCAUGACUCCCGUGUUUGA